UACACCAAGGUCUAGAAUACUUGGUUUUCCUUGUAUAUUGCUUGGUGUACACCAAGGGAUAUACAAGAAUCCUUGCUGUACACCAAGCAAGUCGCGUGGAGUCGGGUCGCGUCAAGAUAAUUCAUGCCGCAUCAUGCAUUCCCACCCUUGUUUUAACAUUGAUUUGUAUGGCUCAUUGAAGAUAGUAAUGAAAACGUUUACAGACCAUGCUUCGAGUCACGUCACCUACUGUCACGUCGCGUCAAGUCACAAAAAUUAUAGGCUGGGACAAUUUUUGACGUCGGUCAAAGCGAGUUUGUAGUGUCUUCAAGUAUAUCGGUUGAGAGUCGUAUGUAUCACCUUUAUGUUAACACUAGACUCAUGAUUUCUAUACAGCCUGAAGGUUUAUCUUGUCCUUUGAUAGUCAAGAAACAAGAGCCGAUGAUAUGUUGCUUCCGUGCGCCCGGGACCACAAUUCUUCACGAGUGUCAGUUUAGGGAGCCGUUGCGAAGGCUUCUCAAGUUCUCACACCUCAGGGCUCGGGGUAUGCUACGAUUAGUGUAAGCUUGGUGAAUUGGUGGGCUAGGUUAAACUUUGGUGAGAUAUCGAGUGUGUGGUGCGCCAAAGGACUCUUGGAUGGGACGCCUUGAGACCCUCUGGAACUCCUACAAGUACCGCUUCGUGCCGUGGCUCACUUUUAAUCUCAAGCACAGGACAGUGCGUGUGGUGAAGGAGGAAGGCGAUGAGGGGGAUAAGGUGGUGGGGGAGGAGGAGGUGGUGGAGCAGCUCUUCAGACUCAUCACCGGCCUGCAGCAAGUGUGUCCACCCUUGCCCCCACGCCCACCCCCUCACAUGGUCCAAGGCUGCAGUCACCGUGCCCUCAAGGUGAUGGAGUCGCUGUUUGGUUAUUCGGUUCACGUGGCUCCAAGUGACAUCGCAGGGCUUGGCAGUGGUGUGGUGCUGAAGGGCCAUAAGGGUGCCAGUCGGGGGCAGCUGGUGGCCUUGUAUCCUGGUGGCCUCUAUCUGCCACAUCAGCCAGUGCUCCUGCCUAGCCUGGCUAAUCCUUUUAUCCUGCGGUGUGCUGACGGAGUGCUUGUGGAUGGGUGCCGCAGGGGCCUUUCUGGUACCAUAUUCAGGUCCUGCUGCGGCAGAGACCGAAUGGGACUUGAGGAAGCUGCAGACCUUACCUGGCUCACUGACUGGCCCAUCAACCCUCUUAAUGUGGGGCAGUAUGUGAACAACCAGGCUCCAGACCGUCCCAGCAAUGUGGCAUAUCAGGAAGUAACACUGCAGCCUAGGGACAUCCCAUGGAGCAUGCGGCGCUUCCUCCCCUACCUGUGGUGUUCGUUGCCCCCUGAUACUCCCCAGGCUGAGCUGCCCUUGCGCCUUGUGGCUCUUGUUGCCACCACAGACAUUGCUGUGGGACAAGAACUAUACUCUCACUACUUCACUCUCAUUCACUCCAAGCCUUCUUAGCAUGAGAUACAGUCAUGCCUUGUUACUGUAGCUUGACUGGCUGUUCACAUGUGAUAGCUUGGUAUGAUGAAGUGACUGACUCAAGUGUCUAUGAUACUUCUGUAGGGACUUGUAGCUGCUGCUUGUGAUAGUCAUGAACACUUUGUGACAACAAUUACAAUUGUAUUAUAUGGAUUUAUAUUUUUAUGAGUUAUCUCUUUAUUUGCAUCACAAAUAGUUUUUGUAUUCAUAUUCCAAGUAAUUUGUCAACCUUUAGGCUUCUGUCAAAUAUUCUUCAUUUGCAUACCAGAUCUGGUUAUUACAUUUAGGUAUAGUACUUUGUAACUUGCUCUUGUGUUUAUGGUCUUAAAUCCUGGACAUUUUUCAUCAUUGUCACAGUCCCAAAAUUAAUUUAUGCUUUGUGUCUCAUUUGACUUUUCUAUCUAAAAUCUUCCAAAGUGGAAGACAUCUGAAUUUAUGUUUUUUUUUUUUUUCCAGUGAUCAUCAUACUAAUGGAUUUUAUUGUUCACCAUCAGCUUUGACCACCAUUGUUCUUUAAAGAGCAAUCUUGUCAACAGCCUUCAACUUUGCUAUUCAUUAUGACCUAUAGCAGAUGUAGCACUUACUUCCUCAUCCAUUCAUCUGCUGAAACUCAUGCCACUUAUAUUUAUGUACAUAGUCCUGACAAAUCUGUUGAACUGAGCAAAAUCUAUUUUAUUAAAAGGUAAAUGUCAGAAGA